AUAGGAUGAACCAGCGCCUCUCAGGCUGGACGCCCGCCGGGGACACCGCAGACAGUCCCACCCCCAGGGGCGACAGCGACUCUUCUGAAUUCCGGAAAUAACCUUUUCUAGAGGGACCGGAAGCCCGGUGGGGACAGUGGCAGGAACGGACUGCCCAACCAACUGUUCUUCCGGGUCCGGAAGGUGAUCUCCGCCCAUGCUCAGAAUCCAGGGGCCCGGGUCCGUAGGUAGGAGUGAGAUGGAUGGGGUCCCUUAACCAAGGUCGUCCAGUCCAGGUGGCGUGUGUUGUUUGGCCUAACGUGUCAGUGACACAAAUCACGCGAAUUCAUAAACAUUGACAGUUCGGAAGCCUUUCUAAGAUGCAUUUAAUCCCUGCGUGAGCCCACGUUAGGCAUUCACGAACGCAUGUGCGCUGUUCUCUCGGAAGCCGCCGGCUGGCUUUCCCUCCUCGCAAGCCGCUGCGGGUGCAAUUCCUCACGUCCCAGUCUACCCUGGACUCAAGGGCUUCUGGGCUCCGAUUUGAGGCGAAGCCACCCCAGAACUGUAAUUUUUCUGCAGUGAUUUAUUUUUACCUUUCAGAUUCCUUGCCAAGAAUAUCCUAGCGGCGAAACACCGUCUUACUGGGGGUCAGAACGUCUGGGUUCUGGUCUUGACUGCCAUUAACUAGCGGAGAAACAUGAACCAGAAGCUACUGAAGUUGGAGAACUUGCUACGAUUUCACACUAUUUAUAGGCAACUGCACAGUUUGUGUCAAAGAGGAGCAUUAAGACAGUGGAAGCAUGGGUUUUCAUCUCCGUAUCCUGUGUGGACAGCUCAGCUGUAUCCCUGGCCCUGGCCAAUAGAUGUGCUCGUUGGGGCUGCUUUAUCUCAGCAUAGGCUUCUAGUAACGAAAAAGGAAGAAAGACCACGGAAAUCUCAGUUAUCUUCAACAAAGUCUAAAAAGGAAGUAGAAGUAUGGCUUGGAAUGACUGUUGAGGAUCUGGGCAGGGCAAUGGGAAAAAAUACAGAUUUUGUAUAUGAAGCUUUGUUGAACAGUGCUGUAGACAUAGAUUCACUGGAAGCAGACUCACCUUUAGAUGAAGUCUGGAUCAAAGAAGUGAUAAAGAAAGCAGGGUUGAAGUUAAAGUGGAGUAAAUUAAAACAGAACAAAGUCAGAAAAAAUAAAGAUGCUGUAAGAAGGCCCCAGGCAGAUCCAGCUUUAUUAACUCCAAGGUACCCAGUUGUUACUAUAAUGGGACAUGUUGAUCAUGGGAAAACGACGUUACUUGACAAACUUCGAAAAACUCAAGUGGCAGCAAUGGAAGCUGGAGGCAUCACUCAGCACAUUGGUGCCUUUCUUGUGUCUCUGCCUUCUGGGGAAAAGAUAACUUUUCUUGAUACUCCAGGACAUGCUGCUUUCUCAGCAAUGAGAGCCAGAGGGGCUCAGGUCACUGACAUUGUCAUAUUGGUUGUAGCUGCAGAUGACGGGGUGAUGAAACAAACUGUGGAAUCUAUUCAGCAUGCCAAAGAUGCUCAAGUUCCUAUUGUCCUUGCCAUAAAUAAAUGUGACAAAGCUGAGGCUGAUCCUGAGAAAGUGAAAAAAGAACUGCUGGCUUAUGAUGUGGUGUGUGAAGAUUAUGGAGGUGAUAUUCAGGCAGUGCCUGUCUCUGCACUUACGGGUGAUAAUCUGAUGGCUUUGGCAGAAGCAACAAUUGCCCUUGCAGAAAUGUUAGAACUGAAAGCAGAUCCCACUGGUCCAGUGGAAGGAACAGUAAUAGAGUCUUUCACAGACAAAGGAAGAGGUCCUGUUACUACAGCUAUAAUUCAAAGAGGAACUUUAAGAAAAGGCUCUGUUCUGGUUGCUGGAAAAAGUUGGGCAAAAGUUCGCUUAAUGUUUGAUGAAAAUGGAAAAACAAUCGAUGAGGCCUAUCCCAGCAUGCCAGUGGGAAUUAUAGGCUGGAGAAACCUUCCUUCUGCAGGAGAAGAAAUUCUUGAAGUCGAAUCUGAGCAAAGGGCACGUGAAGUUGUUGACUGGAGGAAGUAUGAACAACAACAGGAGAAAAGUCAAGAGGAUAUGAAAAUAAUAGAAGAAAAGCGAAAGGAACACCAAGAAGCACAUUGGAAAGCCCGUGAGAAGUAUGGCAACGUGCAGUGGAAGGAGAGAUCAUAUCUAAAGUAUUUAGAAGGAAAAGGACAAACAUUCUUAAGGCCAAAAGAGAAAAUGGAGAGAGAUUCAAAUGUACUUCCUGUGAUUAUUAAAGGUGAUGUUGAUGGUUCUGUUGAGGCCAUUUUGAACAUCAUAGAUACCUAUGAUGCUUCACAUGAAUGUGAACUAGAAUUAAUACAUUUUGGAGUGGGCGAUAUAACUGCAAAUGAUGUUAACCUUGCUGAAACAUUUUGUGGUGUUAUAUAUGGCUUUAAUGUGAAUGCGGGCAAUGUUAUCCAACAGUCCGCUGCAAAAAAAGGAGUAAAAAUUAAACUUCACAAAAUAAUUUACCAUCUUGUUGAAGAUUUGCAAGAAGAACUGAGCAACAGAUUACCCCGUGCUGUGGAAGAGCACCCAGUAGGUGAGGCGUCUAUACUAGCUAUUUUCUCUGUAACAGAAGGGAAGAAAAAAGUUCCUGUGGCUGGCUGCAGAGUCCAAAAAGGACAGUUAGAAAAACAAAAAAAUUUUAAAUUAAUCCGUAAUGGACAUGUAAUUUGGAAGGGCUUAUUAACCUCACUGAAACACCAUAAAGAUGACAUUUCAAUUGUCAAAACUGGAAUGGAUUGUGGUCUCAGUUUAGAUGAAGAAAAUAUAGAAUUUAAAGUAGGAGAUAUAAUUGUUUGUUAUGAAGAAAAGUACAGACAAGCCAAGACUUCUUGGGAUCCAGGAUUUUAAAGUUACAUUAAAAAUGUAAAUAACUCAA